AUGAUAGUGCAAAUCCCUCUAGUAUCUGGCGGCGCCUUUCGACGAGCGAGAACGUCGAAAAGAGAGGUCGCGCAUCUUGUGCUGUCUGGGCUCAUGCCGCACGUAGGCAAAGACCCACUCACAGCGGGCAUCAAGUGGGUCUUCUCGUAUGAUGAAGACGCUUUCGCGCUAUCGUUUAAUGCGAACGCAGCAAAAGAACACGCAAUCAGCAAGGCAGUGUGCGGGGCGGCGCUCGAGACAGAGGCAGGCGAGAACUCAGACGCAUUCUCUGACUUUGAUUCGGAGCUGUCUUUUCCGGGUCUCACGCGUGAGGAUCCAGUCGACACGGCAGACGCGGGAUCUGGGCUCGGACUUCUCGGCGAGCCAUCAGACGCAAUCGAGCUUUCUGACAAACAGCAAGCAGCAGCGAAGGCAGCGAUCCAAGAGUUGCGCGAUGCUGAGAAGGUUUCCGCAGCGGUUCCAGACGAUACGACCGGCGUAAUCACCUGUGGUAGACCGUAUCAGGGCGUAGUUGUACUAGUCUCGAAGAGCAAGAUGCAGUUCGCAGGACUAUCGGGAUUUCAGUCAACCAUGGCGACAGGAGUUCAACUGCACAUCCCAGAGCGAAUUGCGGGCCGAUGUUUCGCUCUGCUAGCAUACGGUGACGCAGAGGCGCAAGAUGGUGACUCCAUUCAGCGGACUGCAGUCUCGCUGUUUAUGCACAACAUCUCCAUAGAUGAGCUACGACAAAAGCAAGCGACGUGCGUCGAGUUCGGUUUCAUGCUGCGCUUCUUGGCAGGUCAGCGAGUUACCGCAGCCGAAGAAAGAAAGGCGAAAAACAUGCGCGGGAGGUUCCGAAUAUCUGGCGACGUCCUUCUCUUCGACGACAAGAUCUACAUCCCGCUUCAGAGCGCUCCGGAUUUCGAGUUACAAGACGAAUUCGUAGCAUCCACAACGCACCUUCGCGUCGCGCUCGUGACUUUCGUGCACCGAAAAUGGACACUACACUCCUCACCGAUGAAAACGAAACAAGCCGUGGAACGUUACUUCUCGUGGCCGACGCUGAUGAUCACAGUCAUGUCAGUCAUCAAGAAGUGCCUCCAGUGCUUGGCGCUUCAUGCAGCCGAGGACAGCAACUCGAUGUAUUUGUGCAACCCGGCUCCUUCUGAGCUCUUCCGAGAAGUGGUGAUCGACCACAUCACGGACUUACCGCCAGCUACAAUAGACGGCGUUACUUACCGCAACGUCCUGCGAGUCGUAGAGCGGUCAAUUGGGCUCGUGUGGCUCGUUCCGGUGCAGACGAGAUCUCCUCGAGAGGCUUUCAACGCCUUUAGUAUAGUCUUAGUUCCACAAAUUGGCUGGCCCAUGCGAGCAACAGCAGACCAGGCCUUUAAAGCUGUGAAGCGUGACUUCCGAGAAAGGGGCACCUACUUGGCGCUCACCUUGUCAGAGGACGCCAGAGGCCGGCACGAAGUAGAGCGUGAUAACCGGUGGGAUGCGCAGCGGGUUUUCAAGACGUGUCACGCCGCACCGGAGUCAUGGCCUUUCGCGUUGCCUGCUCUGCAGAUUUUGAGUCGCAACACACCGCUAGACCGACUAGGAGGAUUCGCACCAAGCGAGCUACUUUGCGGCCAGCUCAUACGUGAGGAGAACGCGCAAGGCGUUGGGCCACCGGUGAAGCGUGAUCUCGAACGAGCGCGCAACCUACGCCAGCUUCUACCGCAGUUUGCAGAGGAGAUCCACACCAAGUCCAACAACUCGCAUCUUCAACGUCGAGGCGCAAUUGCAGGAACCGACAUCAACGAAGGGGAUUUCGUGUGCAAGCGUGUUGACUACGCAGAGAAGAAGGCGAAGUCCCGGCUCGAGUACGGGCGCGACUUCUCCAAAGUUUACUUCGUCGUCAGAGUCGCAGCAGGACGGACACUAGACGUUGUACCAGCAGACAAGAUAAUCCUCGAUCGUACAUCAGACGAGACCGAGGGUGGCGAGCUUGUCGAAAAAGUGCUUCAGACGGAAACACCAACGCGAGUCAGCGCCAAAAUCAUGAUCAAGGUGUCAUCUUCAAAAUAUGUCAGAUUCUUCGACACACCAUAUCAGACAGCAAACGAGAACGACGACUGCAUAGGAGUUAAUCUGCUAACCGGCAAGUUUAUAAUCCGCUCACGGCAGUCCAAUGCAGUCGCGGUCGCGGGACAACGUCGUCAGCGCGUUCUUCCAUCGGUGAUCUACACCGAGCGAGAACGCUUAUAA